AUGCUCAUGUCCUUCUGCUUCGUGUGUCUAGCUUCGGGUCUCCUGUCGUCUCUCUCUGACCCCUCCUCGUCUGCCUCCAAUAACAACAACUCCGCAAAUAACUCGAAUUCGAAUGCCUCGGGAAGCAAUAACGCGCCGUACGACUACGGCUCGGACUCGCGCCCGCAAUCGCGGAGAUUGAGCGUCAUGGAGCUGUGCAACGACCCGUCGAACCCCAACGCCUCCAACUCCCUCAACACGACUGGGCUCGGUGCGUACCUGCUCGGCGGCGGUGGAGGUGGUGGAGGAAGCAGGCCAACGACGAGCAGCGGGGGUGUGGCGAGUGGUGUCGGCGCGCUGGCGUUGAUCGACCGCGAGAGGCAGACGCAGACGCAGCAUCAAAGUGAAGGAGGUGGAGGUAGUGGAUCGCUGAACGGGAGCAGGAGGGCGCCCCCGCCGCCCGAGCUCGUGCUCACGCGGUCUAUCAGCGGUGGAAGUGGUGCGGGUGGGCAGCCGGACUCUGCGGCGAGCAUGUCGUCGGCUUCAUCCUCGUCAACACGGGGUGGAGGUGGAGGUGGAGGGAGUGGCGGAAGUGCGAGCGGGACGUCGUCCCCUGCGUCUACUAUCAGCCACGGGCCGUCGCCCUACGCCCGCUCGAACGGCGGCUCCUUCGGUUCUGGGGCCGGUGGACGUAAUGUAAGUGGUGGAGGCGGAGGCGGAGGAAAUGGAGGAGGAGGCGGAGGCAGUGGUGGAGGGCAUCAGUUCCGGUACCAUCACCACCAUAGCCCGCAGAUGCAGCAGCAGCAUCUCCAGCACCAACAGAAGCUGCGCCAAUCCCGCACGGCGACAUCGCCGUUCGCGCUGGUGCACGCGCCUCACUCGCCGCAUCUUCCUCAUUCGCCUGACACCGACAUGCAGUAUGUGGCGGGGCCGUUCGUGCACCAGCAUCAGCAUCAGCAGGGUGCGCGAUCGCCGUUUGAGCUGCCCCAUCAGCAUCAGCACCUCCCGCCGCCUGCCUCGCCAUUCUACGAGCCCCCGCCGCCCGCGUACGAGCACGGUGACGCGUAUGGCACGGAGAUGUAUGGCGAGGCGUCGCCCUCGCUCGAUGGAUCCGACCCCGGGUCAUGUUGA